UCCUGUGGGGAGAGGUCUUUGCAGGUUGGACCUUGUGGAGGACAAACCUGAGUGUCCCAGCACACCAGCCUGCUAGACUGAGGGAGGAAGGUCGCUGACCUGCUAGACCGAGGGAGGAAGGGUAGCAUGAGCAGCCAGUCAGGGAUCGGGCACCACGGAGAAGCCCACUGUGGCCCCGUCUGCGUUUAGGGGCUGGGGACAGGGUGAUGUGGCAGGGCCCCGGCUGGCAGAGCUGCUCCAGGCCUUAGGUGCUUCUGGCGCCGACAGGUCUCUUUGUGAGGAGGGGGCUUGCCAGCGUAAAAUGUCUAACUCGAAUGAUGCUGGGUUAUGUGUCUUUCAGCUGACGACAGCAGUGACCAGUGCCUUUUUACUUGCAAAAGUGAUCCUCUCAAAGCUUUUCUCUCAAGGGGCUUUUGGCUACGUGCUCCCCAUCAUUUCGUUCCUCCUUGCCUGGAUUGAGACGUGGUUCCUGGAUUUCAAAGUGUUACCUCAAGAGGCGGAAGAGGAAAACAGACUCCUGAUAGUUCAGGAUGCUUCGGAGAGGGCGGCACUCAUACCUGGAGGUCUUUAUGAUGGUCAGUUUUAUUCUCCUCCUGAAUCUGAAGCAGACCUGCUCUCCGAGCACGGGAAAGAAGGCUGUCCCACUGCACCCCCACCCUCUGGCUCCUGGGAGAACAUUCUCUGCAUUUCCUAG